AACAAAGGUCAGUGUGAGGCAAAGAUGACGUGACCCGACAAGCUACAAGUUUGCCGAAAACAUUUGCCAGGCGGUUCUCAAUACUAGUUAGUUGGUCUUGAAUGUCAAACGUAGGCUGUAGUUAGACAAUAUGAAGAUCGCGUUUAUUUUAUUAUUCGCCUUUUAUUAUGCUGAAUGUCGUAAAGUAUACGCGCCUAUUGACAAAAAUGCGAACCUCGCAUUUAUCAACAUGGAGUCAGGUGGCGUGAGAGCAGGUCAACGCCCUGUAAACCCAGCUCCAGCUGUUCCAGCGCCUACAUCUGUACCUGCUAACGUUCCUAAACCGACACCGGCCGUACCAACUACGAUUAAAGCUGUACCAGCUGCGAAACCAAUUCAAACUACUCAAGCACCGACCCAGGUGAAACCGGUACCCGUGUAUCCUACCCCAGCAGCUAAGCCUGUCACUACACCUGGUCCCGGCAGUGUACAACAUCUAAUUAACUUCUACGAUAGUCAGGGUAAAGCCAGUGUCAUUCGCCCAUACAGUUACAGUCAAGCUGUUAAACAAGGAUAAAUGUUUUCAUCCAUGUUUAGUAACUUAAAAUCAUUGUAUUUAUUAAUAAAAUUAAAUAUGCAUGUUA